GCUCUCUAUCGGCCGUUAGCGUCGGAGCGACGACCAGUGCGCGAUAAGGACCGCGGAGGCCGCCCCUCUCGCGCCUCCGAAAUCCGCCCCUCGCCCCCUCGGUUCGGUCGAUCGGCCCGCGAUCGCGGUUCCCAUCGCUCCGCGAAACCUCGUCGCGACGUCUUGCGGGUUCCGUUUUGGUUCCGUGCCGCGGUUGUCCGAUCGUAAAGCCUUUUUGUCCCGGAGGGACGAUCGCCUGGAUCGCCGCGGUCCGCGCGUAUUUUGUGCUCGUAUAUCGAUCUCACCUCCCGCAUAAAAUUCCUGGAAAACGAUCCGACGCUGUUCGACCUCCUUGUUAAGUGGAAAGUGAAGUGGAGACGGAGUGUUAGGGGUUCCUUUCGGUCGCUUAUCUGUGUCUCUCGGUUAGCCGCGAGUGGAACGCCUGAAAACGCACUGGGAUCUGCAGGGGACUGCGGGUGAUGACCUCGAGGAAUCCGGGACCAUGUAGGUAGUUAUCUCCGAAAGCAGCUCGCUGCCGCCGUCGUCUCAUCUCACCGCCUCAAAUGCGGCUCUAAAUUGUUACAUCGCACCCCUGAAUUACCCGGCGGGCAUGGAGCGCAGGGAUAUCAUCCUGACGGCUGUUUUUGGAACGGUGGGAGCUGUCGGGGUGUUAGUCGCCCUCGGAUUAGCUGCCUGGCUCUACCUUCGCGCCAGGAGGUCAAAACAACGAGAGGACGACCUGGAGGAGCAGAACGAGAACUGCGAGGGCGCUGGCAGCAGUCAACAGCAGCAGCAGCCUGCCAAGAAGAACGGAUUCCUCAACCUGAAGACGCCCCUGAUCAGCACUAAGGCUCUGGGAGCGCAGUUAGAGACCACCGGAAGUCCCGGAAGCAAAUCGCCGGCCAGUGGCAGCGGUGGUCCAGCCGCUGGAGGACCAGGACCCGGUGGAGAACCCCGCACCCCUACCGCAGGACCGCAGAACAAACAGCUGCAGAACGUCAAGGGAGGAGAACACCCCUCGAAGGCCUUCCUCCACAACAGAUCCAUUUCGCUGGUGGACAUGUACAUCGACAACAGCGAGCCCAGCGAGAACGUCGGGCAGAUUCACUUCAGCCUCGAGUACGACUUCCAGAACACCACGCUCAUCCUGCGCAUCAUGCAGGGCAAGGACCUUCCGGCGAAAGAUCUGUCCGGGACCUCCGACCCCUACGUCAGGGUGACGCUCCUCCCGGACAAGAAACACCGUCUCGAGACGAAGAUCAAGAGACGGACGCUGAACCCGAGAUGGAACGAGACCUUCUACUUCGAAGGUUUCCCGAUAGUGAAGCUGCAGAGCAGGGUCCUGCACCUGCACGUCUUCGACUACGAUCGAUUCUCCAGAGACGACUCCAUCGGGGAAAUAUUUUUACCACUGUGCCAGGUCGACUUUUCGGAGAAGCCGUCGUUUUGGAAGGCUCUUAAACCACCGGCCAAGGAUAAAUGCGGGGAACUGUUGUGCUCCCUGUGCUACCAUCCCAGCAAUUCCGUGCUGACGAUCACGCUCUUGAAGGCCAGGAACCUCAAAGCCAAAGACAUCAACGGGAAGUCGGAUCCAUACGUGAAGGUAUGGCUGCAGUUCGGCGACAAGCGGGUGGAGAAGCGCAAGACGCCGAUCUUCAAGUGCACCCUGAACCCGGUGUUCAACGAGGCGUUCUCCUUCAACGUGCCCUGGGAGAAGAUCAGGGAGUGCUCCCUCGACGUGAUGGUGAUGGACUUCGACAACAUCGGGAGGAACGAGCUGAUCGGGCGCAUCCAGCUUGCAGGGAAGAACGGCAGCGGAGCCAGCGAGACGAAGCACUGGCAGGACAUGAUCACGAAACCGAGGCAAACCAUCGUCCAGUGGCAUCGUCUGAAGCCCGAAUAAGGAGUCCGCGGCCAUUUCUUGCCGAAUUUCCCUGCUUCGGAAGGAACCUCGGUCGGGACGAUCCCGUGCUCGAGCCCGCUAAGGAACGAGAGUAACCAAGUUACCGCUUUCCAGGGGACUGACAUAGGGAAAAGGAGGCGGAUGUUGGUCCGUUUUGCGGAGCUCGUUUCAUCCGGCUCCCCAUCUUCCAGCCGCGCCCUUUUCCGACCCGGACCCCCGAAAAGUCGGAGGGCGGCGCUUCUACGCGACUCUUAGACGGUGGAACCGUGUCACCUAGCUCGCAUAGGCUCAGUUACGUGUAAAUACAUGCGUAUCGCGUGUAUAAAGCGCCCCGAGGGUGAGCGCACGCGUGGAGGACCUGGGAGGGUGCAGCGCGGCGGUCGUUGCACGCGUACCUAGAGUAUCCGAUGCAUCCCCUGCAAUUUCAAGACCAUUCGUACCAAUGGAGGGAGGGGCGACGAUCUAUCCGGUGCCGAUCGAAAAUACCUGCUUUUUGGAAAGUGCAUUUCCGGAACCGCCGUGCGGUAUCCGGAACGCGUCCGGGACGCGACGGGAUGCUUUCAGCUCAAAUCACUUGAAUUAGAAAAUCGUAUCUUCGCUCUUGUGCCAAUUUCGAAGUAUUUCGCAAGUAUCCUCGACGCCAGGAGUCGCAGGAAACGCCGUAAAAGAAAUUGCCAUCACUGAGAAAAAAAAAGAGCACGUUGGUUGACUCGAAGAAAUACGCGUCGCUACGACAGUCCUCCGAUUAUACACCCUCCUCCCUGAAUUUACGCGGUAAAUGAUAACACUUGUUUGGAAUAUUUUUUUCUUUUGUACCGACAGACUUUACGCACCGGGAUUUUCAGUCGCGUAAGACGAAUCCACGUGGAAGGGAUACUCCGCGUAAAUUGAGGGACGGGGGUAUCUCGAAAGAAAUGUCAGGAAGAUUAAGAAAAUUCGUUUAUAUUUACGAUAUCAUUUUUCUUCUCGACGGAGUAAUUGUUUCUUAGAAUUAUAUUCAAGCAACAGUAUAUAUAUUUGUUUCCGGAGUACUAAUCGUUUUUCUCAGUGCACCCAAUGGACAAUAUCGUUAACUUGUGCACGGCUGCGCUCACCCUGGGCUUACUCGUUCCCGUAUAAUCCUGACGAUUUCAACGUUGAUCAGGUUCAUCGACACAACGAACCGUCUGUUUCACGCUCGGAGGAUGGACUCGUCCCGAUGAGUCGACGCGCGCGUCCUUUCCCUUACUCUGGCACAAACCUCCGGAUUUCGUGCGAUGCCCACCACCUCGGGUCGAUACACAUUGGCACGACAAUACUCGACCGCGAGAACGAGUAGACGGCUCGAUCGCGUCGACGUCGCGGAUGCUCGUCCUCGCGAGAGAACGAUUAAUUAGCCUUGUAUAAAAAUGAACGCCGCGCAAGGAUCGGUUAACGUGUUAAUUUCUCAAACACCCUGAAAUCAUUUGUCCGAGCCUCGCUUUGAAUUUUCAAUUUUUACCUUUGUUUUCACGAACGUCAUCGAGGAACUUCUAAAACCCGAUUCUCGAGGUCAAGCGGAGUUUUUCCCGUGAAAAAUAUUAUUGCACCAUGAAGUCAACAUUUGAAAGUCGUAUGCGAAACUGUCAAUUUCGCAUGGGAUUUCGUGUACGAUUUUCAACUGUUCUACGACGACGCGACAAUGCCAGUCUGUUUGUAUCCGAAGGAAAGCCGUAUAACUCGAGAAUUCAGUCCUAGGUGGCGCUGCGAGCAUCUCGCGAGCGAGACGCGAGUCGUAGGAUUUCGGCGAGCAAAGUUUCCGAGCACUGUGGAGCGCCGAGGAAGCGCGAGAUUCUCGAAUUUACUACGAGGAUCUACUAAUCGCUGCGACUUUCCCUUCGCGUUGUCGGCACUUUAGCAAACAGCAUACUUCCCUCGCGAAGAUUUCAAUCGAUUUGGGCCGGUCUCGGGGCUAACUUAUCUUGAGCGAUUUUUAUUUCGGAGCAGAACGUUAAGGUGUCGCGAAGGCGUCACAUAUGUACAUCGAACAGUGAAAAUAUCGAUGAUACUUAUCCCCAAACGGGAUGCACCGAUUAAUUUGAAAAUUCAACACCUGAUUACGGAGGUCAUCAAACUCGGGCAAUAUUAUUUUUCGAAAGAUGAAAAUCCUUUGCACCUUGUCUGGGAUAAGGACAAGAUUUUCUUUCAAAUCAAAUCUUGCGAAUUUCAAGACCUCCGAUGGGACCUCCAUGAUCAGGUGUUAAAGUUGCAAAUUAUUCGGUGCACCCUGAUUGGAGGAAAGUCUUAUAAAUAUUUUGAUGUUCUGAUAUAUACAGAAUGCCACUUUCGUAACACCUUAAGCCGGUGGAGGCUGUUCCAAGGAUGGACCGAAUUAAAAGAGGCGAGGCAGCCGUUAGGAGAAGGUCGGAGAAAAGCUCUUUCCCUCCGCCGACUUGAGCGCCGGCCGGCCGGACACCGAACUGACAAGAACGAAUCACUGGAACAUAAACAUUUGAUUAUUACCUAGCAAUCGAUAAAGGAAAGCAUAUUUUUGACGGAACUUUUAUAUUGAAGAGGAUUUUUGGGGAAUUUCAAAUAAUAAAUUGUGAUCGGUGUACCUUA